CGUCUCGGCGCGAGCGGUGUGCCGCCCUGUAAUUAUCCAGUUGGAAGUUUCGCCGCGUUGCGUUGUCACCGUUGCCGGAAAUGCAGUACGUGGAUCCGCCCGCGCAACAGAUGAUGAAUAUGGUGCCGACAUACGGAUGCGGCUACGGCCGUGGGGAUACUUUGUCUCCAGCAUCAGACCUCUCAUCGUGUAGUAGUGCGUCUUCAGGAGCAUGGUGUGGCGCCGCUCCGUGGCGUGAGCUGCCGCCAUACCCUCCGCAGUACCCGGCGUACUGGCCACCCGCCGCUGCUGCUGCGGCUGCCGAGGAAGCCAGGGAACUACAGCGCCGUUGUGCAAAGUGCCGCUGUCCUAACUGCCUUACCGAAGCCGCUGGCUUUGGCCCAAAUUACGGCAAGGAUGGAGCCAAGCGCGAGCACGUCUGCCACGUCCCCGGUUGUGGAAAAGUCUACGGAAAGACUUCACACUUGAAAGCUCAUCUCCGCUGGCACACCGGUGAACGGCCCUUCGUGUGCAACUGGCUCUUCUGUGGCAAACGAUUCACGCGCUCUGAUGAGUUGCAGCGACAUUUGAGAACGCAUACCGGCGAGAAGAGGUUCGCUUGCCAGUUGUGUACAAAGCGCUUUAUGAGAUCCGAUCAUCUUGCAAAGCACGUCAAGACUCAUGCUAACGUGUCGAGGAAAAAUAAGAAAACAAAGGAAGACGAGAAAGAUGAGGCGCCUAAAGUGUCCGAGAAGCCUGAGCAAGCGAUGACGAACGUUCCUCAUACUGCACCAGUGUCCACCGUCGGGAGUACUCAUUACGGAACAGUGCCAGUGGCGGGCGGCCCAAAACCUAUGUCGAUAAACUACGCUUCAGUUGCACCUAACGUGGUACCAAGUGCCAACAGUUACAACGGCUCGACGUUCGGUAGUGGAGCCGUGAUGAGCAACUGGUACCCAGAAGUGAGACAGGACUCGCUGUACGCUCGGGCGCCAGUUCGGGAUCACAGAAUGUACCAGCAGUACCCGGUCCCAAUAUCUUCAUACCAGUGCGCGACUAAAGAUACCUACGCAGUGUUCCAAGGACAUUACAACUUCCAACCCCCCGUUGCACUAGGACAAUAAAGCUUUAAAACUGUUUUUGCAUGUUAUCUGUGUGAUAAAAGUGUUAAACUGUAAAUAAGUGACUGUUUGGUUAUAAAAAUAGAUAUUUUAAGCCAUGGUUAAUAGUCUGUUAGUUACCACAAAAUAAUUGUGAUGUC